UAUGGUAUAAAAGGCACUAGCUGUCAAAUUCCCUUUACAAGUCCAAAUUCGCGUUCACUAUGCUGAAGAUCGUUGUUUUGUGCGCCUUUCUGGCCAUUGGGGCCCUCGCUUUCCCGGGCGGCGCGCCGACCACAGCAUGCGACUCGAUGACUCCGCUGCACAACGGCAGUCCCCAGCCAAACCCUGAGUCUCCCUACACCGUGACCGCCACGGCCAUCGACACACAGCGCUAUGAAGUGGCCAUCAACUCCGCUGACGGAACACCUUUCAAAGGAUUCCUCAUCCAAGCUCGCUCCACACUGAACGACGAAGCCGUUGGCUCUUUCGACGUUGCUGAUAACUCGAAGAACAUCGAUUGCUUCACAACCGUUGGGUCCGCGUCUACUCACAUUGAUAACAGCAACAAAACUUCCGUUUCUGUGAUUUGGAACGCACCUGCAUCUGGGGAAGAUGUUCAGUUUGUUGCGAGCGUUGUUCAAUCAACACUCAUCUUUUGGGUUAAACUUCCUGCUACUGUUGCGUAAUGAACUCAUCUUUUGGAAAAUAAAAGAUUCUUGUGCAAUACUUAA